AUGGUUGCAGCAUUCCACAACUUUGACGGUCAUCCAUUGGGAAAUGAUGAAAACGUUUUUAAUGCAGCACUCGCCAGUCCAAGAGUGCUUUUGGAACACACUAUUGGAAUUCUGAAGGGUAGGUUCCCCUGGCUGCAAUCAAUAAAGAAUAAGAUCACUGAUGAUGUGAACUCGCGGAGACGAGUCAUUUCAAUGAUUGGAGUCUGUAUCAUCCUUCACAAUUUCCUCAUUGAAGAAACCACCCCGGAUGACUUCAUGUUUGAAGACGAUGACAAAUCAACUCUAACGUCCCAAGAGCCUCUGGCACCUGAUGACAAAGUGAACCAGCCAGUUCCUGAUUGGGCAACCGGGGACACUUGUCGCACACAACUAAAAAACUACAUCCUAGAAUUAAGGGGCAAUUAG